UAAUUUACUGAGCACUGUUCGUAAAGUCUAUACUUACUGAUAAGAUACUACUAUUGUUUUCUUAAAAAAAAUUGAUUCCUCAUCGAUAAGCUAGUUAUCUUAUAACGUCGCUCUACCACUAUAAGCAGCCUAACUUAUCGUAUCCUGCAUAUAAUUUUGUUUCCCAACUAUGCCGCGCGCACUAUACUUACUGAUAAGAUACUACUAUUGUUUUCUUAAAAAAAAUUGAUUCCUCAUCGAUAAGCUAGUUAUCUUAUAACGUCGCUCUACCACUAUAAGCAGCCUAACUUAUCGUAUCCUGCAUAUAAUUUUGUUUCCCAACUAUGCCGCGCGCACUGGCAUCUAAAAAAGAAAAUAAAAGCGAACUCUCUCUGCUCUAAUCGCUCUCUGCUCUUGGUGGCAUUCCCAGAUUCGUCGAUCGGCGAAACCUAAUCAUCGAUCUAAUCUCUGCAGAGCAAUGGCUACUCUCGAGAAGGAACUCAUGUUCUUGAUUCUUCAAUAUCUCGGUGAAGAGAAAUACAAGGAAACUGUUCACAGAUUGGAAUCGGAGUCUGGUUGUUACUUCAACAUGCGUUACUUUGAAGAGCUGGUGACUCAAGGCGAGUGGGACGAGAUGGAGAAGUAUCUUUCUGGAUUCUCCAAGAUUGAGGAUAACCAACAGUCCAAGCAAAUCUUCUCUGAAAUCCGAAAGCAAAAGGAUCUCGAAGCGUUAGAUAAAACCAAUGCACAUCUCUCCACGUCGGCAAGGGGUGCUCUGUUUCGUGACUUGAAGAACUUGAUAGAGGCUAAUCCACUCUUCCGCGACAAACUCGAUUUUCCUCGUCUCAAGUCUUCAAUGUUGCGUACUCUAAUCAACCGAGGGUGCUUGGCUGAUCAAUCUACCCCUUUUGCAGCUACGGAGAACAAUGAACUGCGAACUCUGCCUACUUGGAAGUCCAAAAGAAUCUAUAAAUUUGUAGGUGGGGGAUCUAAAGUUACAGAGAUUACAAAGCCAUCUCAGUGCUACUCCUUGAGGCUCCCCGACAAUGUGACUGACACGAAGGUCAAGGUUUCUAGAUUAAUUUACACAAAUUGUGGAUCUCAAGUACUGGCCUUGGCUUCUAAUGGAGAGCACAAGUUGUGGAAAUGGGAGAAUAGCGAUGAUAGUUUGGAUGGAAAGGCAACGGCUAAAGCACAACCAGUAUUAUGGACACCUAAAAAUGGGAUUACGAUGAUUAAUGAGUUAAGUGAUGCAUACCCGGAAGUGGCUAUUCCAUGUCUUGUCCUCUCCAAGAGUGACUCCUAUAUUGUGUCAGCUUCAGGGGGGAAAAUCUCUUUGUUCAACAUGGUGACCUUCAAGUCUGUGACGACCUACAUUCCCCCACCUCCUGCAGCAACAUUCCUUGAGUUACAUCCAUCAGACAAUAAUAUUAUUGGCAUUGCCUUGGAGGAUUCAUCUAUCCAAAUCUACAAUCUUGUGACUAGCGAGGUGAAAGCCACAUUGAAAGGUCAUCGGAACAGAAUAACAGGGCUUGCUUUCUCAGUGGCUCUGGACAUUCUAGUUUCUUCUUGUGUUGAUACACAGUUGUGCAUUUGGAGCAUGGCUGGAUGGGAGAAGCGAAGUAGUACGUAUAUGGAUAAACCAAGGGGAAGAUUAAUGCCGGCUGUUUCAGAUACACGCGUGCAGUUCCAUCAAAAUGGGAUUCAUAUGUUGGUGAUCAAUGAAAAGCAAAUAGCCAUUUACCAUGCUGAAAAACUGGAUUGGUUCGGCUGGUGGGUUGACAAGACUGGUGGUGGAAUCACAUCAGGUGCAUAUUCAGGUGAUAGCCAGUCAAUCUUCGCGAGCUUGAAAGAUGGUACUGUCUGUGUCUUCACUGCGUCAAAUCUCAGUCUGCUAUGUCGGAUUAAACCAACAGCUUACUUGCCUUCCAACCCAAGCAAAAGUGUGUAUCCGCUAGUGAUCGCAGCUCAUCCAUCGGAGGCUAACCAGUUUGCCGUAGGGCUCAGUAAUGGCCAUGUCUAUGUGGUUGAACCAUCGGAAUCAGAAGGAAGAUGGGGAACCUUGCCUACAGGCUCCACCUGAAAACUUUUAAACUUUCUCUCAAGAGUCUAUCCGCUAGUGAUCGCAGCUAAUCCAUCGGAGAGUAACCAGUUUGCAGUAGGGCUCAGUAAUGGCCAUGUCUAUGUGGUUGAACCAUCAGAAUCAGAAGGAAAAUGGGGAACCUCGCCUCCAGGCUCCUCCACCUGACAACUUUUAAAGUUUCUCUGUAUAGUUUUUUUGCUUUGUAUAGGCAUUUUGUCUUUUUGAUUUAACUCAAAAGAUCUCAAACCUUAAGGGUAUAUAAUUGAAAACCAAACACAUGUAAAAUCCCUAAAAGCAUCGCAAAACUGAUUUCUUCUGCCUUCUUAGCA